UUUUUUUAAUGUUUUGAAUUUUGAAAUUUCUUAUCAAAACGCAAUAAACUUCUAACUCGAGAACAAAAAUCGCGUAAUUUAUUCUCAAAAACGCGCUAAUUACUCGUCGAAUGUUAUAAUCCACUCGUAUUAAUCAAUCACCACUACUCAGCGAUCAUCUCCGGCCACUAAAAUGGAACCGAUCGACGACGCUUGGACGCUAAAAAUACCACCUUUUCAAGCCGAAGAUAUGCGACACUCGUUACUAGAAGAAAGCUCGUUCUCGCUUCUAUUUCCCAAAUAUCGUGAAAAAUACUUACGCGAAUGCUGGCCCCUGGUUCAGAACGCCCUAGAUGCACACCACAUCAAAGCCGAACUCGAUCUUAUACAAGGUAGUAUGUCAGUGAAAACGACGAAAAAGACGUGGGAUCCGUACAUCAUACUCAAAGCUAGAGACAUGCUUCAGUUGUUGGCUCGAAGUGUACCUUUCGAACAUGCCCAGAAAGUACUCCAAGAUGAAAUCUCCGCCGACGUGAUUAAAAUCGGUACGCUGGUUAGAAACAAAGAGAAAUUCAUUAAAAGAAGACAACGUAUCAUCGGUCCGAACGGAUCGACUUUGAAAUGCAUAGAAUUACUUACCAAUUGUUACGUAUUAGUACAAGGACAAACCGUAGCUGCUCUAGGACCACAUAAAGGAUUAGUUCAAGUUCGAAGAAUCGUCACAGAUACCAUGAAAAACAUCCAUCCUAUAUACAACAUCAAAGCGUUAAUGAUUAAACGAGAAUUAGAAAAGGAUCCGAAACUGAAGAAUGAAAACUGGGAUCGAUUCUUACCCAAGUUUACACCCAAGAAUGUUCCACGAAAGAAACCCAAAAUCAAGAAAGCCAAGAAACCGUAUAAUCCGUUCCCACCUCCGCAACCUGAAAGUAAAAUGGAUAAAAUGUUAGAAUCCGGAGAGUAUCAUUUAUUACAGAAACAAAAACAGAAAGAGAAACAACAUGGUAAAGAUAAAAAUAAAAAUGUCAAAAAGAAGAAGCAUAAUAAAUAAUUUUGUCAUAUA